AUGCACCAAGGCUUUGGUGUCGGAGGCACCAACUUUCCCCAGAACGAGUCCGUUAGCUUUGGAGGCUGCCACUCCCCCGCCUGCGGGCCGCUGAGCCGCGAGGCUCGGGGAGGUGGGACCUGGUGGCGCCCGGCUGGCGGCGCUGGAGCCGGCCUGGCGGGGGUCGGGCGGUGGGUCCCCCUGCUGCUGUGCCUGCUGCAGUCCACUCGAGGGAAGCCCCAUCUGGCCCCUCCCCAGAACGUGACGCUGCUCUCCCGGGACUUCAGCGUGCACCUGACAUGGCUCCCAGGGCCUGGCUACUCCCAGAAUGUGACCUAUUUUGUGGCCUAUCAAAGCGCUGCGACCCCCAGACGGUGGCGAAAAGUGAAGAAGUGUGCAGGAACCAAAGAGCUGGCAUGUUCUUUGAUGUGCCUGGAGAAACAAGACCUGUACAACAAGUUCAAGGGGCGUGUAUGGGCGGUUUCUCCCAGUGCCAGGUCCCCCUCGGUGGAGUCCAAGUACCUGGAUUACCUUUUUGAAGUGGAGCCAGCCCCCCCUGUCCUGGAAGUCAUUCGGACAGAGGAGAUCCUGAGCGUCAAUGCCACCUACCAGCUGCCUCACUGCAUGCCCCCACCGGAUCUGAAGUAUGAGGUGGAUUUCUGGAAGGAAGGCAUCAGGAACAAGACACGAUUUCCGGUCACUCCCCGCGGCCAGCCAGUCCACAUCCCCCUGCAGCCAGCCACCAGCGGACACCAUUGCCUCAGUGCCAGAACCAUCUACACCUUUGGUGAUCCUAAAUACAGCGACUUCUCCAAGCCGACCUGCUUCUUCCUGGAGGCCCCAGGAGCCAGCUGGGCAUUCCUGGUGCUGCUACCACUUCUGCUUCCCCUGCUGUUGGUCAUUGCCAUAGGCUAUGUGAUCUGGAAGCGCUUCAGAGAGAACCCCUGGUUUCAGCGGGCAAAGAUGCCGUGGGCCCUGGACUUUUCUGGGUACAGAUACCCCAUGGCAACCUUUCAGCCCAGUGGCCCCAAGUCCCUGGAUACCUUGACCCUCUGUUCCCAAAAGGAACUGACCAGAAGGGUCAGGCCAAGCCCUGGAGUCAGGACCCCAGCCACCGUCCAGGCAAGAUCAGAGAAGAACUGUGCUGAGGAGGAGGAGGAUGAGGAGGACGCAGACGACAAUGUCAGCUUUCAGCCCUACCUUGAACCACCCCCCUUCCCAGGGCAGGAGCACCAGAUCCCGGGGUGCUCUGAGGCAGCUGGCACCUGGAGUCCUCCCAUCCAGGUCGAAGGCUCCUCUGCUGCGGAUGCUUCAGACAGAAGCUGGGCCAGCACGGGGGGCUCCUCCCCCUGGGAUGAGCCUGGGUCCUCUUGCUAUUUGGCCAAGAAGAAGCCAGGCCAAGGGCCAGCUGGGGACGGGUGUCAGGAGCCUCUCCCACUGCCUGAAUUCUCCAAGGACUUGAGUUUCCUGGACAAUCCCCUGAAAGAUGACCUCUCCUCCUGGGCCAGCUGGGGCUCCUCAACACCAGGGCUGAAUCUGGUCCCUGGGGAGCCCCCAGUUUCUCUUCACACACUGACCUUUUGCUGGGACAGCAGCCCUGAAGAGGAAGAGGAGGAGGAGGAGGAGGAGGAAGAAAGUGAAGGAGGAGGAGGGGGAGGAGGGAGGGAAUCAGAAAUUGAGGAUGAUAGUCCUAGCAACUGGGGGGCUGGGAGCCUACGGAAGACUGAGGUCAGAGGUGGGACACUGGGGCAUUACAUGGCCAGGUGAGCUGUUUCCCAGCUUCCCUCCAAGUCUGGUGCAACUGAGCUUUCCUAGGACCUGAGAUGCCACCGAGACUUGAGAGCCUGGGAGCAUCACCACUGAGGCCGUGGAGGGUUCUUGCAGCAUUUCGGAAACCCCAGGGUUGGUGUCAAUUAGCUUGAGCAGUAAGAAGCCACCCCAUCCUUUUUGACUCACUGACUUAGCGCUGAGCUCCAAGAGAGGUGGAGACAAGAACGGGCUGAGGUCAGAGGUUGAUUGGGUGUCGCAUCACCCCAUCGGCUUUGGGGUGAUAGGCCAGUUAGAAAAAUCAUCCCUGAAAACAUGAAACAGGUGAAGUCAGGUCACAGUGGACACCAAGGGCUAACACCACAAGGGGCCAUCUGGAUCUGGAGGGAGGGAAUUUGGAGCACAUCUUUAUCAGUGUCAUGCCUUUCUCUGGCACCUCCUGAGCACCCCCACCCCCAGGUCCCAGCCUCCUGGUUCAUGAGUCCUCUAGGGUGGGCCCCAGUGAAGAAAAAUCUAGUAAGCCAGGGAUGUUGGACAGGAAGGGAAAGGGUAGUCAUUAUUCAAA